AACAACACGGAAACCACGAACCCCACACAGCUAUACAUACUGCACUCAUAAUAAUAAAAAUACAGUGUGUAAUUAUAAACAUCUGAGGGAUCCAACUUGAUAAACUACUGAAGAAGAAAACAAACAUCGAAGCUACUGUUUGUAUAAUGGCAGCCACCACUAAAACUUUGGAAAAUGUGAAAGCAAAUAUCUUAUCAGCUCAUAAAAGCAGCACGUCGGCAGAAAAGAUGGACUUCUACAAUUCAUGGGCAGAGAACUAUGAUAAGGACGUGGCAGUUCUGGAGUACCGGGCACCGAGCCUGGCAGCAAACUGCGUCUCCUCCCAUUUCAGCGGUGAUCGUGGAGCAGCUGUAGUGUUAGAUGUGGCCUGUGGUACUGGACUGGUGGCCAAACAGAUGAAGAGACUUGGAUUUGGACACUUUGUGGGUAUUGAUGGAAGUGAGGCUAUGUUGGAGUCGACCAGAGAGAGCGGGUUGUACCAGGACCUGAAGCAGUGCAUGCUGGGAGAGGGGCCACUACCUGUCCAGUGCGGUUCAUUUGAUGUGGUUGUGAUUGUUGGAGCUCUGAGUGAUGGUCAGGUCCCGGUUGGUGUCGUCAGAGAGUUGUGCAAGUGCACCAAACCAGGUGGCUACGUUUGCAUGACUACCAGAAGAAACCAGGACAAUGCAGAAUACAAAGAGGCCCUGGAGCGAGAGCUGAAGCAGAUGGAGGCCGAUGGUCUGUGGACGUGUGUGGAGGUCUCUGAGGUGGAAGACUGGGAGCGAGCAGUGUCAGAGCAUGAGGACGGAUACAUACCUGGUGUUGUGUACCUCUAUAAGAGACUACAACUAUAGUCGUAAAGGUAGAUGUACAAAACACCUCAAGAAGGUAAAAGAUAUUCAAAAAGUAUAGUGUAUACACUUCAAAAAGAAUGUUUGGACAACAUUUUUGACAUUGUCUGUCCCUGACAAUCCUGAAAUGAAAGAUGGGAAGCUUUAUUCACAGGAAUACAUUUAAGAUGUGAAAUGUUUAUGACUAAAUAUCCAUGCUACAUAUUGCAGUAAGAUUGGUUUCUGAAAAGACUCAAACUUCAAACUGUUACAGAUGUAUUUACUAUACGUUGUGUUGUUAAUGUUAUUUUGUACCAUUGGUAUCAACAUUUAAAUUGUGAUAAAAGAUAAUUUUGAUGAUUUCAACACUUAUGUGAUUUGAUGCCAAAUAAACCCACAGCCACAAGGAUUUCUAGUGGUCUCAAAAAAAAGGUA